UAGCUACUUUCCGGCAGUGGGUCGCGAGAUUGUGGAUUGUAAAUACGAAUGUUACUGUAGUGACAGUGAAAAAACGGUGCCCGGUUAAAGUAUAGCAAUGUAACAUAGUUUCUUGUUUUAACAAUGGCAAGUAGUAUGAUAGCGGUUGGCCUGACAAUAGCGGCUGCAGGAUUUGCAGGUCGCUAUGCUCUUCAAGCUGCAAAAUACAUGGAACCCCAAAUGAAACAGGCUCUUCAAAGUUUUCCAAAAUCAGCUUUUAGUGGAUACUACACAGGAGGAUUUGAGCCAAAAAUGACAAAGAGAGAAGCUGCCCUUGUUUUAGGAGUAAGUCCAACGGCGAACAAAGUUAAAAUCAAAGAAGCUCACAAAAGAAUAAUGGUGUUAAACCACCCAGACAGGGGUGGUUCUCCUUAUCUUGCUGCAAAAAUAAAUGAGGCCAAAGACUUACUUGAAGGUCAAGCAAAAAAAUAGAAAAUUGGAGUGUAAGAAUUUCUCCUCUGUUUAUAAUUUUUCAGCUUAUGAAAAUUAUAAAAUGUGUUUAACUAAAUGUAUAAUCAGUUCGUAAUAAUGUUAAUGAUAUAUGAUAAUGUAUUUGUGAGACCUUUUA